AUGGGUCUUCAUAGGGAAGGAAGCAAUUUCUAUAGGGACAAAAAACUUAGCAAGGAGGCCAUUGAGCGAUACCCUAAAACGACAAAGGAGAAGAAGCGCCUGGUUAAGCCUUCUAUCUCUGAGUCUGAGGAGGAAGGGUUGGAUUCUGAUUUUUUUAUGGGUGAUGAGUCUGAAAGUGAUUCGAUAAGUGAGUCAGAGGAGAAUUUGGAAGACUCUGAAGUUGAACUUGGUAAGAAAAGAAAACAGAGAAAGGAUCUUGACAUCGACCAAAAAGUGGAGGAGGAGAUCACAGGGGAAGGUUUUGAUCAGAGGGUUGGUGAAAAUGCCGAACAGAUCACUAGUGGAGAUGUUCCCAAUAAUGAACAUGACAAUGCUGGCGAGAAAAGCCCCCCUUCAAUUCCUCCUAUAGAGGGUUUGAAAGGGUUUGUGGACUCCCUUGAUUGGUUAAUUAACAGUCACAAGAAAGUUGUGGAGGAUAAUAAGAAGCUAAGCCACAGGGUUAAAAUUUUGGAGACAAUCAGUAAUGGUGAAGGUAAAUCUAUGGCUAAAUAUGUUGAGCAUUUGAGUAAAACUACUACCAGAGCUGAAGAGAUUAGAGAUGCCUUCAACCCCAAGUUUGAGCAAAUUGAGAAGCCCCUGGCAGAGAUAAAAACCAAUGACAAUGCUAAGGACCAUAGAAUAGCGGAAACUGACAACAAAUUCAACAAAAUUGAAAAAUGCCUCAAAAGCAUUGCUAAACAAAGCCAUAACAUUUUGAAAGCCUCGACUGACAAUACCAAGAUUCUUAUCAGCAAACUAGAGAACAAGAAGGAUUCCCUGGAGCUAGAACCUGACACUGGAGGUAUGGGAGAGGUGCAAGGACCAGAGGAAACUGAGAUACCAACUCAAGCAGAGCAACUGACAGAGACUAAAAAACCUACAGAGGACAAAGGUACUAGCAUAGAGCCACCAAAAUCUGAGAAACCGACAGUAGAACUUUUAGAGAAACAAACUGAGGUAGAGGUUCAUGUUGAGACUAAGAUACGGGUAGUUACAGAGACACUGAAACAAUUUGAGAAACCAUUAAAGGUUGAGGUGCAAACACAGACAAAUCCACCGGAAGAAAAUAUAAGUAAAAUGGAUACAUCUGAUGAAAAUAAAGAGGACAUAGUGAAGGUGAUUGGUCAGACAUCCAUUGAGAUGAAAUCUACAGUUGAACCGAGUACAUCUAUAGGUGAAUUUAGACCAACUAACAUAACACAGAAUGGUCCAGCAUCUCUAGAUGAUAUUAAGGAAGCUAAAUUCAAUAUUAGGAGAAAGGAAGCAUUGCUGAGUGCCUUAUGUGCUAGUGGAGUACUAGAAGAGUCAGAGAUUGUUUCUAAGGUGUUGAGAUCCUUACCUCUUGCUUACAAGCAUAAAAUUGUGGCUAUUGAGGAGAUCCGGAUUGUCUCUUAUGUGACUAGAGACAUACUCAUUGGAAAACUUGCGGCCUUUGAGUUGAGAAAGUUUGGUGAAUCUCUUCCUAAGUAA